CUUGCUCGUGUAACGGUAAAGUUUGUUAUAGUUUAUGUGUGAAUUACUUCAAGACAAUGGAAGACAAGAUUAAGAAAGAUUUACACGAGAAAGAAAAUGCAAAUACCCAGUUAAAUCGCCAUGAAAAGAGGGACACACUUAUAGAUCACAUGGAAAUAUCUGUAACAGAGGCAGAGAAGAGAGAGAAUGGAGCACUCAACAUCCGGGACUUCUAUACUGUCUAUUUAAUAGAGACCAAAGUAACAGACCCAGACUGGAAUGGUGCAUAUAGUCGCAUAAGCAGUGUCUGGCGGCGUUACUCGGAAUUUGUUCUUCUGAGGACAUACCUCGAGCUGGAGUAUCCUUACAUCGUUCUGCCUCCACUACCUGAGAAGAAAGUUCUGUAUCCAUGGCAGAAGGCAGCCUCGGACACCUUUGACCCUGAUUUCGUCGAUAGACGGCGAGCUGGUCUCGAGAACUUCCUGCUGCGGGUGGCGUCGCACCCGGUGCUGUCGCAGGACCACCUGUUUGUCGGGUUCCUGCAGCAGGAGCAGGGCUGGAAGGAGAGCAUCAAGGAGACCGGCUACCUGCAGCUGGCCGAGACUAAGCUCAAGGCCCUCAGCGUGUCAGUCCGCCUCCGUAACCCGGACAAGAGGUUCGAGGCCGUCAAGAACUACAGCAACGAGCUGCAGAACAACCUGAACAGCCUGCUACGUGUGCGAUCCAGAAUGGCAGAGCGUCUGUAUACAAUCCACAAGUUGCACGCCAACUAUGGCAGGGUGUUCUCAGAGUGGAGUGCCCAGGAGAAGGAAAUGGGUGACGGGCUGCAGAAAGCUGGGCACUACCUAGACUCGUACGCGGCAGGCAUCGACAUCCCCCUGGAGGAGGAGGAGGUGUUCGCAGACCAGCUGAAGGAGUACCUGUUCUUCGCAGACGCGCUGCAGGCGGUGUGCGGGCGGCAGGAAACACUGCAGCUGCGGCUGGAGCAGGCAGAGGCGGCGGCCGGCGCUCUAGUUGCAGAGAAGGACAGCGUGCAGAAAGGUAAAUCGAGCAUAAUCUCACGGCUGUUCGGUUCGGUGGACACGGACGAGGUGAAGGAGCUGAAGGUGAGCCUGUUGGACCAGAGGCUGCAGGAGGGCCAGAGCAGCGUGCGGCACGCGCGUGAGGAGCUCCUGGACUUUUCAGCAAAUGCACUGAAAGAUGUUGAGAGAUUCCAGCAGCAGAAGGUGGCAGACCUCCGGGAGACGCUCGCUGGAUACGUCAUGCUGCAGAUCAAUGUCUGCCGAAAGGGCCUUCAGACUUGGACCCACAUUAGGGAUUGUCUGGAAGCGAUCCCAUAAGUAAUUAGCCUUUUGAAUAUUCAAAAAGGCGUCAUUGCCCUUCAGAAAUAUUCUGCUAUUUCUUGGAGCUUGUCAUUCGUGCUAUGAAAAAAAUUGCAUUCCAUUAGUUUAGACAUCUUGUCAUAUGUUCAUUUCACAGAUUUCUGGAUAUUUUGGGAAUGAAUGUACUCCAAAUUAUGUUGCGAAACUUUUAUAUAUAUUAUAUCUGAAAACUACUGCAUU